AAAAUUUGGACUCAGCACCAACGAAAUGUCUGAACUUUAGUUUUGAUCGCACAUGUAGAUGAUACUAUACGUUACUUGUUGCAGAGUAAAUUUUCUCAUGGAAGCACUUCAAAUUUUUGCUUUGCGACUAUCGCAAAUUUGAAAACAGAAUGAAAUGGCUCAACCCUGAAACCUGAACAGAGUAUCAGAAAUUCGACAGAUCUAUCUGAUGAUUUCUGUAAAAUUCAGCAGCUCGCUAACUUAAAACGAUUAAACAUUUGUGGUACGAGAAGGCAAAAACAAUAAAUGAGAUGGCUGAAUCUAAUUUUGAAGUUGGGCAAAGAGUACGCAGCGUGGAGAAGGGCACUAGAAAGAUCGGGACUGUAAAAUAUAUUGGUCCCGUGCAAGGGUACGAGGGCAUUUGGGCAGGUGUGGACUGGGAUGACGGAGAAGGGCGCCACAAUGGGUCCGUCAACGGCGUUCGCUAUUUUGAGGCUGCGGGGGACAAGUCUGCUUCUUUUGUACGCUUGCAUUCUCUGAGCAAGGGCGUCACAUUUUUGGAGGCCCUGCUUCGUCGCUACAAAGGAGAUGCCACAUCUCAGGAAGAACAAGAUGAAAUGUAUGUUCUGUCAGCAAGUCAAAAACGUGUGUCAAUUCAGCAUGUUGGAGUAAGUAAAAUUCAAGAGAAGCAGAUGCGUCUAGAGAAUUUGUUCCAUGUAUCACUUGAGUACACUGGAGUCAGUUCACCUGGAUCCAUGCAGGAGAUUUCUGGUCUUUUGCCAAAACUUGAGGAGCUGGACCUAAGAGGAAACUUACUUCCUGACUUGCAUGCACUAGGUCUCAUUUGCGAACAACUUCCAGCUCUCAGAGUUCUUGAUAUAAGUGACAGUCAUAUGAAGAUUGGAUCAGAUCUUUUGCCCAUUUUUUCCAAUCUCCGCACAUUGGUGCUUAACAACUGUGGUAUAACUUGGGAGCAGGUUGAGAAGCUAAAGAAAUUGCUUCCUACUAUUGAAGAACUGCAUCUUGGUGGGAAUAAAUUAAGAACUAUUGAGCCUUCAGUUGAAGACACAUCCUUUUCCUCAGUUUCUUCUCCUUCCACAUUUGUUCAAGGUUUUGAUUUCUUGCGGCUUUUGAGUUUGGAAGGGAAUGAAAUAGAAAACUGGGAAGAAAUUGUCAAGCUUUCUCAGCUUAGCAGAUUGGAACAACUUCAUCUUAGCAAGAACAUGCUCAAACACAUAUUUUACCCCAAUUAUUCUGCAUUAGACCAAGGUUCAUUGAAUGGGAUAGAGCCAACAAAUGUUUGCAACAAGCCCUUCAAGAACUUGCAUUGCGUUCUUCUUGGUGGAAAUAAGAUUGAGGACUUGGCUUCUGUAGAUGCUCUCAAUAACUUCCCUAGCUUAACAGAGGUUCGACUUUCUGAAAAUCCAAUUAAUGAUCCAACUAAAGGAGGUGCAUCACGUUAUAUAUUAAUUGGAAGACUUUCAAAGAUUCUCAUGUUGAAUGGAAGUGAAGUUAAACAACGUGAAAGAAAAGAUUCGGAAAUCAGGUAUGUACGGUUAGUUAUGACUACAAUGCAAGGCAAGAGUCGGGAAGAGAUUUUGCAACAACACCCAAGGUUUUAUGAACUCAAGGCAAUACAUGAUUUGCCUGAUGAAAACUUGUCAUUUGGGGUAACUGGUCCUCAAAAAAUGGCAGCAGGACUUAUUUCAAUCACAUUAACAUACGUAGGAACAACUGCUGGGGAAAAGGCUCCAAUAACAAAGAAGUUGCCAGCUACAACAACGGUUGGAAAAUUGAAAAUGCUUUGCGAAGGGUUCUUUAAAUUGAAGCCUACCAAGCUAAGGCUGUUUCUCAAAGAAGAGGACACGCCUUUUCCAACUCCUCUCAUUGAUGACAUGGAAACACUUGUGGAUUUAGGAAUUGGGGCCAAUGGAGGGUUUAUACUAAUAGAUGACACAGACAACAAGCUGUAGCAUUUUUCUUCUCCCUGCAUGAAUGAACCAAUUGAUCUGCUUGUUUAAAAUGUUCAGUUGCCCAGAUUUUUGUUGCAUCAUAUUUUUAUUUUAUCAGUGUUACCCAGGGACGUGUUUCCAGUAUAAUUUGACCCGUCCCGGAAACUCGGAAACUUUCGGAAACCUGUACUCUGGCUGUCCCAUAAAAUUAAUGAUUGAAUUUUGAUUA